AUGGAGAAGCGUACACACGAUGGAAGUCAUUCAGAAGAACUAUUUUUUCAUCUUACAAGUAGAUCAGAGAAAGAACACCUACCGCGGCCUGCCAGUGAAAAUGAUCUCAGCAGCCUGAAGCCGGUUAUCGUAAAUGAAAAGACUGCGCUGGAAGCAACACUGGAAGAAGCUGGAAGAGCAUCCUUUACUGUGGAAUUAGUUUUGCCCUUACUUAAGGACACCAUCGAAAAGAUUAGUUUUGAAAAUGCAGGGGACAGGUUAUCCAGCAUGUUAAUAGAGAAGCUAACUGAUAAUGAAAGUGAAAACUCAAAUCUUAAGGAGAAGAUACUUGAGAAGGAGACAUACAUCCAAGAACUUUCUACUUUGUUUCAGAAUGAAAAGGAAAAUGCUUUGAAAGCAAACCGUUUUUCACAAUCAGUAAAAGUAGUGCAUGAAAGACUACAACUCCAAAUUAAUAAAAAGGAAGCAGAGAAUGAUAAGUUAAAAGAAUAUAUAAAGAGCUUAGAAAUCAAGAUAGCAAAAUGGAAUUUACAGUUAAAAAGGAAUAAGCAUGAGGCUGUAGCAAUCAAAGAGUCAAGUAAACAAAAAACUAUAGCUCUGAAGAAGGCAUCUAAAGCUUACAAACAAAGGAUUAAACAUUUUACAGAAAACACUGAAGACCUUACUUCCCAAAUUAGAGACCAGGAAGCCAAGUUGUCUGAAACAAUUUCAGCUUCCAAUGCCUGGAAAAGUCAUUAUGAGAAAGUUAUAAUAGGAAAAACCGAAUUGGAAGUUCAGAUCGAAACACUAAAGAAGCAAAUCACUAAUCUUUUGGAAGACCUUAAGAAAAUGGAAGACCAUGGGAAAAAUUCAUGUGAAGAAAUUCUUAGAAAACUUCACUCUAUUGAAUAUGAAAAGGAAACCCUCAAUCUUGAGAAUACAAAAUUAAAGACCACACUUGCUACUUUCAAGGAAAAGGCUGCUUCUGUUGAAAAUGAACUUUCAGAAUUGCAAGAAGUAGAAAAUCAGCAGAAAACCCUUAUUGAAGUAUAUAAAACUCAGGUACAGAAAUUGCAAGCAGCAGCUGAAAUAGUGAAAAGCAGAUGUAAACACUUACUACAAGAAAAUAAACAAAUAAUAAAAAAUAAAAAUAAAAAAUUAGAGAAAGUUGAUGGAAAUCAUAGUCUUCUGACAAAGCUUUCUCUGGAAGAGGAAAAUUAUCUUAUUCAAUUGAAGUGUGAAACCCUUGAACAAAAAUUAGAACAGAUGGAUGCAGAAAACAAAGAGCUUGAAAAGAAGCUGGCAAACCAAGAAGAAUGUCUGAAGCACAGCAAUGUUAAGUUUAAAGAGAAAUCUGCAGAAUAUAUAGCGUUGGCCAGACAGCUGGAAGCUGCUUUAGAAGAAGGUAGACAAAAGGUUUCUGAAGAAAUAGAGAAAAUAUCAUCUAGAGAGAGGGCUUUACAAAUUAAAAUAUUAGAUCUGGAAACUGAGCUUAGAAAGAAAAAUGAAGAACAAAGUCGCCUUGUUUGCAAAUUUAACAGUAAAGUCCAACAUCAGGAAGUAUGUUUGAAAGAAAUACAACAUAAUCUUGAGAAGUUGGAGAAUGAAAAUGAGAGUAUGAAGAAUUAUUUGCAGUUUCUUAAAACUUCUUAUGUAACUAUGUUUGGGCGAAUUGUUAAAUUUGUUUUCUAUUUAUGGUAG